AUGUCUGUAAAAGAUCAUAGUAAAAUUGAGGAGCUAAUCAAGGAUUUCUUGAAACAGCUUUACCAUAAACUAAUUGUUCAUAUACGAUGUAUAAAAAUAAAGCAGUAGCUAUAACAGAAAUGAUAGACCCAAAACUAGAAAUUAAAUUUCAUCCAGCAAAAGCAUCAGGGUAAUCACUAAUACGACGAGGCAUUGACUGUA